CCUGAGCCCCCAGGAAUGGGGGUCCUGAGGGCCGGGCAGGGCAGGCUGGGUGCCUGGGUGCUCCUCGUGUCCCAGCCUGAGCGUCCUGUGGACGGGGAUCCCGGAACAGGAGAUCCACGCACAUCCAUGUAGUGCUGGGCGUGAGUCUGUGUGUGGGGUGGGAGCUGCGGGCAGGGCACGCUCGUGGGCGGCCUCACAGCUUCUCGUGCCUCGCAGGUGAACCAGGGGAACAUGCCGGGCAUCCAGAGCACCUUCCUCGCCAUGGACACGGAGGAAGGCGUGGAGGUGGUGUGGAAUGAGCUGCUCUUCACUGACAAGAAGGCCUUCAAAGCACACGAGGAGAAGAUCAAGACCAUGUUUGAGCAGCUGGUGCUGGUGGACCACCCCAACAUCGUGAAGCUCCAUAAAUACUGGCUGGAUGUGAAGGACUCGAAGGCACGGGUCAUUUUCAUCACGGAAUAUGUGUCUUCGGGGAGCCUGAAGCAGUUCCUGAAGAAAACCAAGAAAAACCACAAGGCCAUGAAUGCCAGGGCCUGGAAGCGCUGGUGCACGCAGAUCCUGUCCGCUCUCAGCUUCCUCCACUCCUGUGAGCCCCCCAUCAUCCACGGCAACCUCACCAGUGACACCAUCUUCAUCCAGCACAACGGGCUCAUCAAGAUCGGCUCCGUGUGGCACCGGGUGUUUGCUAACGCCCUUCCAGACGACCUGCGGAGCCCCAUCCGGAUCGAGAGGGAGGAGCUGCGCAAUUUGCAUUUCUUUCCCCCGGAAUACGGCCAGAAGACCGACGGGACCGCCGUGGACAUCUUCUCCUUUGGGAUGUGCGCGCUGGAGAUGGCAGUGCUGGAGAUCCAGACCAACGGUGACACGCGGGUCUCGGAGGAGGCCAUCAUGAGGGCACGGCAUUCUCUGGAUGACCCCAACAUGAGGGAGUUCAUUCUGUCGUGCCUGACCCUCAACCCCGACAAGCGGCCGACGGCCAACAGCCUCCUCUUCCACCGCGUGCUCUUUGAGGUCCACUCCCUGAAGCUGCUGGCAGCACACUGCUUCAUCAACAACCAGUAUCUGAUGCCAGAGAACGUGGUGGAGGAGAAGAUAAAGGAGCUGGACCUGAACAUGGUGAUGGCAGAGAUCCGGCGUGAGGGUCGGCCCGGAGCACAGUGGAGGUACUCGGAGGUCUCGUUCCUUGAGCUCGACAAAUUCUUAGAAGAUGUCAGGAAUGGGAUUUACCCUCUGAUGAAUUUCGCUGUUUCCAGACCCCAUGCCCUCCCACGGGCACUCUCUCAGCCCCCGGAGGACCCUCAGAAAGCCAAAACCCCCACGCCAGAGCCCUUUGAUGUGGAGACCAGGAAGGUGGUGCAGAUGCAAUGCAACAUGGAGCUGAAUGAGGACAAGACUCAGUGGCAUCUCACGCUCCUGCUGAUCCUGGAGGACAAGCUGCACCGACAGCUGAGCUACGACUUGCUGCCCACUGAUAACUCCAAGGACCUCGCCACAGAGCUGGUGCACUAUGGGUUCAUCCACGAGGACGACUGUGAGAAACUGGCUAACUUCCUGGAAAAUGCCUUCCACAAGCACCGGUCUCCUCCCUUGUGAGUCACCCCCGGGCAGUGGGGUCCCUGCGCCAUGGGGACGGGCACAUACCCAGCAAGGAGCAGCCAUGGGCUCUGGAACCAACUCCUCCAGCGGAGCCGCUCCAGACUGAACCUUUGCAGCCCACGAGAGGUGUAUGCCUUUGUUGUGGCGUGGAAAGACAGCAGCAAGUGGAAUAGCAACCAGCUAUAACACAAGGAAUGGCCUCUGCACGAGCACGUGCCCCGGCCCCUACUCCUGGAGCAGCAAUCCAGGGGGAGUUGCGGGGCCUGGGGGAGUGCUGACGGUGUUUGUGAAGACGUGGAGCUGCUGCAGGAGUCCCACGGACUGAUAAAUUUGCCUCUGGGAGUGAUAAGCUUUUCUCACCGCAGGUCCUAAAGCUCUUUUUUUUCCUCUUUGCCAGCUGGUGAUGGGUGCGGAAGGGAGGAAGGCUCCAGCAUAGUUUGCAAUCUGCCACGUUCCAUCCUCUAUCUCCAUUUCCUGCUGUUUCGUUAACGUUUCCCACGCACAGAUGAACCACUGUGAUGCCUUUCAGUUAGAAGCUUGCAUCUUGGUGUAAGCCGACAGGUGGACUUUGUGAGCUGGACUUGGCACGGCAGGAGAAGAAACUGCAGCAACCCAAACCCACCAGCUGGAUCCCGACACAGGGAACAGCAGAAAUGUCACUGGUGCUGAACAGAACCGUUUUCACUCCUGUCUGUCUCAUGGCCUUCAAAAAUCUUACGGCAUCCUAAGGGGAAAAACCCCCGUGUCUCUUCCUUCCCUGUGUGUGUCCUGGGGUGUUUGGAACUUCCAUCGCUUGUGCGUAGAAGGGGGCAAUCGUAGCUGCUGCACAUCGGCUUCCAUUGGUAAAAAUCACCAACAGAAAUUAUUCGUGUAGCAAAAGCUGUGCUGCGCUCACGUCGUGCUGUGAGCAGCCCUGCUGCCGUGCUGCGCUGUGCCGAGUCUCCCAUUGCCUGCAUCGUGCUGUGUGGUGUUGCACCAGCUGUAUGGCUGGGUCUGCCGUGCUACCACGCUGCGCUGAGCUGUCAGCUGUGCUGUGUUUCCCAGUCGUGCUGCGCUGUGCCAACCUGACAGAACUGACAAAUCAAUAAAGCCAUUGCACGCAGCUUAUCUCAUG